AAAGGGGAGCACGAAUCACAACAAGUCCAAUGGGAGCGGGUCAUAACGGCGUGUCGGCGCUCGGCCUUGUCCUGGCCGUGGCGGCCGCGCUGCUGGUGUGCCAGUGCGCGGCGCAGGCGCAGGCGCCGGCGCAGGCUCCAUCUGGUGGCAGCGGGGGCUCUGGUUGCAUGCCGGAGCUCGUCAGCCUGUCGCCGUGCAUGGGCUACAUGUCGGGCAACGCGACGGCGCCCGGGGAGCCGUGCUGCGCGGCGGUGUCCGGCGUGCUGCGGUCCAGCCCGCGGUGCCUCUGCGCGGUGCUCGGCGGCACGGCGGCCACGCUCGGCGUCGCCCUGGACGGCGCCCGCGCGCUGCAGAUGCCCGCGGCGUGCAGGGUCCAGGCGCCGCCCGCCAGCCAGUGCGACUCCAUGGGUGUUCCGAUGUCUUCUCCGGCGACGCCCUACGAUCCCGACGUUACCCCUGCAGGGUCUGGAUCCAAGGCCACUCCGACGCCUCAGUACUCCCACGGGAACGUCAACAGAGCAGGAGCAGGAAGGAGAAGUCUGGCCUUCGUCGUCGCCGUCGUAGCAAUAGCUCUGAUUCGUGGACCCUGACACCUGCUGAAAUGGCCACGGGGCGUGUAAAUGUACGAUCGGACACAGCAGAGACCGAGACCCCGUUAAGCUUGAAUGAAUGUUUUUUUUAGCA